UUUAAAGCGAGGUGCUUAGGUUUUAGGAAAAACUUAAGGAGAAAUUUGGCGGAUCUUCUCUUUAAAAUCGAAUAUCUAUAUAUUUUAAGAUUAGUUUUUGGAAAAUUCAGUUACCAUGUCAAACAUAAUAUAUUCUCUGCGUGUUCCUCAAGUUGGGGGAUCUUCUCUUUAUUUGAUUUGAAUACAAAAAUCUAUGAGUACGAAAUGGGCUUAAAAACGACGAAAUGAGCUUAAAAACGAAAAAUGUAAGUAGCAAAUGUGUUGGGCUUUUAUUUUCUGAAAACAUUAAAAAAAUUGAAACAAAUUUAUGGAUUGUUUUGUAAUUAAUAGGAAAAGUCAGGGGCAAAAUCCUAAGAGGGAUUUUGCUUUAAUAGUAUAGAUAAUUUAAAAUUUAGGUUAUUUGAGAUUUUAUAUGUACAUUCUUAAAUAACUCUUUUUAAGGUCAGUGACUUUUAUCCGAAUCCAAAAAACUCAACCAAAAUUGACAAAAAAAUAGGUUUGUUCGGUUUUGGGUACACGGCAAAGUACCUAUCGGGUAUUUUUUGGACAUGCGGGUCUCGGUUCUGGUCUUAAUCCUACUCGAAAUCCGAUCGGAUAUCUAAAGUGUGCAAAAUAUUAGGUAUAUUUGGGUAUUUAAGAUAUGUUUUUUGUAUUAUAUAUAUUCUUUUAACAUUCAGGUUUGGGUCUCUGGUUAGUUUCGAGUUUCAGGUAAAAUUUCAAAAUUUUAAAAUAUAUUCCAGGUAUUUGGAUAAUUUUUGGGUAUUUUUUGGUUCACCGGAUUAGAUUUCAAGUAAAAUUUAUUUUUGGGUUUUUGAAUAUCUUUUCGGGGUUUUGGGCACUUGUUCAGCUUUUGGGUGUUUUCGGGUUUUCAAAUACUUCAGGUUUUUGCGUCUUAAAUACUGAAACCAACCAAGAUCCAAUAUAUAUCCUAAAAUUACAGGUAUUUAAUAUAUAUUUAAACUAUGAACCUGAAUCGACCUGGGCACGAAAGAAACCAACCCGAAUCGAAACCAAAAAAAUAAUAUUUAGUUGGGUUCAUUUGGGACCUAAAGGAUCUAUAACCGAAAUGAACCGACGUGUAAUUAAGCUAAAGACCCCAAUGCUCAAAUCUACUCUCUCUCGAUAUAUUUUGUGUGCAUUUUAUUAGAUUUACAUUUGUUAAAUUUAUGAGGCUUAGGAUUUAUUUGACAGAUUUUUAGCUAAUUUAAUAGUAUAAAAUUGUAAGGGUUUUAAUAUUUUUAAACUUGUCUUAAAUAAUUUUUUCUUAUUAAUAUUUUUUCUAGAAAAUAAUUUGAGUGUAAUAUAUAAAAUUUUUUUUAACAGAUGAUUUGCUAAAGUGUUUUUUCAUCAAAUUUGAUUUUGUAAAUAUUUAGAUAUAUGUUUGACAAUUUCGAAUUACAUUAAAAAUGCUAAUUUUCAGGGUUCAGAAGUUUAGAUUUUAAUUGGCGUAUAUUAUCCCUUACCAAUAAUAACAUACACAUAAAUAUGAUUUUGAGGUCAUCGUGAAUAUUGAAAAAGAAGUUAUAUCAAGGAAAAAAUGUUCAUACUGAAAUCAUUAUAUGGUUGUUGAUUUUGUAAACAAAAAAAAAUAAUCAAUCAAACUAUAAAAUUAUUAGUAUAAAAUAUUAAUAUGAUUAUGGGGAGAAUACUAUUUGUUUUAAUUGCCGUUGGUGUAUCCAAUUUUCAUGUAUUAAUAUGGCUAUUAAUAAUAAUGUUGUAUAGUUAGAGAAAAUAAAAGCAGGACCAAAAAAUAUUAAUGGGUAGGUGAACAACUUUUGGUAAGUAGAUUUUUAAAAUGAUCAUGUUUUAAUAGUAUAGAUAGAUCCAUGAUCACAUAAUACAUAUAUGAAAAUAUGGGGUUUCCUAUCAUUUUCCUUCUGGCACAAGGUAUUUUGAUUAGUUAAUGUAAAGUAUUAUGUACCCACUAUCUUAUUCGAUAUCAUUAAACAAGUCAAUGAUUCUCCAGAAGACUCGCUUUCAGCCUCCUCUCUGAAUUUGAUCCAUUAUAUUGUCUUUGUAUCUUACAUUCACCAUAACCUUUCACCGGAGUAGAUGCAGCUAAGGUUUGUUUGAAGGAAGAAAAAAAACAGUAAUGGUGUUGUUCAGUUUUAAUGAGAUGAAGAAGAAGGAGACUUUGAUUGGACUUGUGUUGGGACAGAUCAUCUCCCUUCUCUCUACUUUCAUUAGCUUUACAACCUCUGAGCUCGCCAGAAAAGGGAUCAAUGCUCCAACAUCACAGUCAUUCUUGGGUUAUUUGUUACUGGCGACUGUCUAUGGAAGUAUAAUGCUGUAUCGAAGACCUGUGAUUAAGGCCAAGUGGUAUCACUACUUCCUCCUUACUUUAGUUAAUGUGGAGGCCAACUUUCUAGUUGUAAAGGCUUUUCAGUACACAUCAAUGACAAGUGUCAUGUUACUGGACUGCUGGGCGAUCCCUUGCGUUUUGGUAUUGACCUGGGUUUUUCUAAAGACAAGAUACAGUCUGAUGAAGAUCAGUGGUGUGGCUGUAUGUAUUGUUGGUGUUGUGAUGGUUGUUUUCUCAGACGUACAUGCUGGGGAUCGAUCUGGAGGAAGUAAUCCUGUGAAAGGAGAUCUUCUUGUUAUAGCUGCAGCAACCUUGUAUGCUGUCAUUAAUACUAGCGAGGAGUUCUUUGUGAAGACUGCAGACAGAAUUGAACUCAUGUCUUUUGUGGGUCUUUUUGGUGCAAUCAUUAGUGCAAUUCAGAUAAGCAUAUUUGAACGUGAUGCGCUCAAUGCUAUUCACUGGUCUACUGGGGCUGUUUUACCUUACAUUGGAAUUGCAAUCAGUGUGUUUCUAUUCUACUCUAUACUCACAGUCUUACUCAAGACCAAUGGUACAGCAAUGUUCACACUCUCAUUACUCACAUCAGACAUGUGGGCGGUUUUGAUCCGCAUUUUCGCUUACCGUGAGAAGGUCGAUUGGCUCUAUUACUUGGCAUUUGCAACUACAGCUAUUGGACUGAUAAUAUACACAAUGAAGGAGAAUGAUCAGGAGAGACAAAGAGGUGGAGAAGUGGUACAUGAACAGAGAAAGCUGUUAGAUGAGGAAAGUGGUGGUUCACUUCGAGACAGCCUUAUAGGUGCUUCCACCUGAACUCAAAGCCUGAGGUUUCAU